GUGGGACUGGAGGCUGAGUCUAGGGGCAAGGCAAGGGCAGAUCCUAUUAAGAAAUACGGGGGACAGAGGGGAGGCGUAAAAGUACUGCUCUGCGCAGUGUACAUGCCAGCAUAUGAACGAGUGUUUAGCACAGUGCUGAGGCAGAGUUUCGAGGCAGCAGUUCAUGGGAUCUGUGGAUGUAAAUUGACUUUUACCUGUGGUUCAUGUGCAGCUGAUCCGCUGUGACUCUCUGCACAAGCAAGCUGGAAGAAACGCACAGACACAUCUAAGAGCCAUCUCUUUUUUGGGCCGAUUAUAUCCACACAGUCAUUCUGACAGCAGGUAUCAACAUGCUUGACCAGGUUCUGUCAUUCGGUCGCUCUCUGGUGCGCCGGAAAGUGGUCGACCUGAGUAGCCUGGAGGACUCAAAACUGUGCCGCUGCCUGGGAACCGUCGACCUCAUCGCCCUGGGGGUGGGCAGCACUCUGGGCGCCGGCGUCUACGUCCUGGCUGGCGAGGUGGCCAAGGGCGACUCGGGCCCCAGCAUUGUCAUCUCCUUCCUAAUUGCUGCCCUAGCCUCCGUCAUGGCUGGCCUGUGUUAUGCUGAGUUUGGCGCGCGUGUCCCCAAGACCGGCUCUGCUUACCUUUAUAGCUACGUGACUGUAGGAGAGAUCUGGGCCUUCAUCACUGGUUGGAACCUCAUUCUCUCCUAUGUGAUCGGUACCUCCUCAGUUGCCCGGGCUUGGAGUGGCACAUUUGAUGAAAUGAUUGGAGGACACAUAGAGAUAUUCUGUAAAACCUACUUCAGCAUGAACUCUCCUGGUUUGGCUCAGUACCCCGACUUCUUUGCCGUCUGCCUGAUACUGCUGCUAUCUGGACUCCUGUCGUUUGGGGUGAAGGAGUCAGCCUGGGUCAAUAAAGUCUUCACGUCCGUCAACGUGCUCGUACUCUUGUUCGUCAUCGUCUCCGGCUUCGUCAAAGGAGACACGCACAACUGGAAGAUAUCUGAAGAAUCCCUCAUAAACGUCACCAUAAUUACAAGGAACAUUUCAGUGACGGCCAACGUGACCAGUGACUUUGGGGUUGGAGGAUUUAUGCCCUUCGGCUUCAGCGGCACCUUAGCUGGAGCUGCCACCUGCUUUUACGCUUUUGUUGGAUUUGACUGCAUUGCGACUACAGGUGAGGAGGUGAGGAACCCCCAGAGAGCCAUUCCCAUUGGCAUCGUGGUGUCACUGACCGUGUGUUUCCUGGCGUACUUUGGUGUGUCAGCUGCGCUUACGCUGAUGAUGCCCUACUACCUGCUGGAUGAGAAGAGCCCUCUGCCCAUGGCCUUUGAAUAUGUGGGCUGGGGCCCUGCCAAAUACGUGGUCGCUGCCGGUUCACUGUGUGCCCUCUCUACCAGUUUGCUGGGCUCCAUUUUCCCCAUGCCUCGUGUAAUCUAUGCUAUGGCAGAGGAUGGGGUGCUUUUCAAAGCCUUAGCCCGAAUCAAUCCUAAGACGAAGACCCCACUUAUUGCCACUAUGACCUCCGGUGUAGUAGCAGCCAUCAUGGCUUUCCUGUUUGACCUCAAAGCUCUGGUUGACAUGAUGUCCAUUGGAACUCUGCUGGCCUACUCGCUGGUUGCUGUGUGUGUACUGAUUCUCAGGUACCAGCCUGAUGGAGCCCUAGUGCGGCGGGCCGCUACCAGUGAGAGGGACUACCUGUCCUCUGAGGAGGGUGAGUCUGACCUGACAGAGUCGGAGUCCCACCUUAACAUGCUGAGAGGUGGCAGCUCCGCCCUGCAAACUAUCCUCCACCCUCCCGUCUCACCCUCUGAGCAUUCCUCAAGCGUGGUCAACAUGUCCAUCUGUGUGCUAGUGCUGGUGGUUUGUGUGGUCAGUUAUCUCACCACGUACCACAUCAGCUCCAUCCUCGGUAUGGAAGUGUGGAUCCUGGCAUUGCUGACCGCGUGUCUCCUCAUCUUCAGCAGCUGCGUCUUCAUGGUCUGCAGGCAGCCUCAGACCAGCAAGAAGGUCUCCUUCAUGGUUCCUCUUCUGCCUUUUCUGCCCAUUCUGAGUGUAUUUGUCAAUAUUUACCUCAUGGUUCAGCUUAGCGGAGACACGUGGAUACGUUUCUCUGUGUGGAUGGCUGUGGGUUUCCUGAUCUACUUUGGCUACGGCAUCUGGCACAGUGUGGAGCGUCAGCGCCAACUCCAGGGUCCUUUAAACAGCAACAGCGCCCAGGAGCACAGCAAGACCAGCAGGGAGAAUCAGGUUGAUGUAGGUGCAGCUGGAAAAGACCAGGAGCGUUUCAUCUGCCCAGAAAAAACAAGCCAGUGUUAAAGUUCACCAGCUCAUUGACAGACCCUGUGAGGUGACAGGUGCAUAAAAGCACACAGCAGCUCUGCCUUGAUGCACCUGUUCAUACAGCUUCACCACAUGUGCCUCAGUCACAAGCACAUUCAGUCUGCGAAGGCCGUAUUCGUAUCAACGGCCACAUGAUGAGGCGACGCUCCAUCCCUGUGAUGGAACCACAUGCUGUAGGUCACUUUGUGCUUUAUGGGUAGCAUGGAGGCAGAAUCAAAAGGACAGGUAACACACUGGAGUGUGAUGUUGAUUUCCUUUUAACACUGAAGGCUUCAAUGCACGACUGCAGAAAAGCAUUUCUGUUUCACUGUAGACUUGAGUUUUUAGUGGGCUUUUCUGUUAAUUUUGAUAUUUUAAGCAUGUUUGUACAGGUGGGGUUUUAAAUGUAAAGUCUUGGAAAUCUGUGUUAUCCAUUUGAUGAAUGGAUAUUAUUAGAUUGGAGCACCUAUGGUGGUUUCAUUCAGCACAGGUUUGCUUUUUUAGUUUUUCUUGAUUUAAUCUAUGAACUGUUACGAUCUGAAUAUGAAGAUUGUUAUUUGAUAUGGAACUCUUCUCAAAACAUAUCUGUAGUUUCUUUUUUCACUCUAUCUGAUUUCAGUUUGCUGUAUUUUUCAUUUUUUGUGCUAUUUUGACACAGCUGCAGGACAUGCAACGUUCAUAUAACCUUCAUGAAAUUAUUCUAUCUUAAACAGAGUACUCUGCCACCUAACAAGAAGCACAACAAUUAAUUACAAGUUAAAGUACAUAGAAAACAUCUGUCUUGCGACAUAAUUUAGAUGAACUGUGCAUUUUUUUCAGGUUAAUUCUCUUGUAUUCAGUGUCUUACUUCAAGAUUGGUGUCUGUGUUGCUUUAUAACCAAUUUAAAGAGACUUUUUGUGCUGAACUGCAUAAAGAUUCAGUGCAUUCUUUCCUCUGGGUGCUUAGGGGCCACCCUGGUUUUCUUGUACUAUGAAUUGUACAGUAAGGCUCAGUGAGCUCUAGUUUACAGUAGAAACUUGCGUGAUCGUUCACCUGUACUGCCAGGUAUUUCACACCAUCUGAUGUGGAGAAAUCCUUCACUUUUCAAGAGGUCAGAUUUGGAUCGGUUUGACUGAUGUCUGCCGUGCAGUGGUUUAAAUGAAUGUGGAACAAAUUCAGAAGCUAGUCUCUACAUUAACAGUGUAGAGUCUUCCAGUGAGGUUACAGGAUAAAGUAACAUAGAAGUAACCAUGAUGUCAUGAUGUAGUAUCGCCUGUUAACAACUACAUAGAGUACAAUAAAUGUAUUUUCCAGUAA